GAGGAUUUUGGAGGCGAAAGCUAAAAGGCUCUACGCUCCACAUCCAGCGGCUGCCCUGCGCUGUAAUCUGUCAAGCGGAAUUUAGCCCCUCUCAUCCAGUGGUACAUCUCUUUGGACUGCUGUAGGUGAAGAAGCGAGGGAUGCUCGCAGGGUCCUUGAACGCCACAAAUAAGUUCACGAAGCGGGCAGAAAGAGGACUCGCCUGUUGAUUCGGGCUCUAGUUCAUUUCGGGAAUAUUUGAGUGGCACACUUUUCAUCUCUAUGGCAAAGUUCUUGGCUGAAUUACUGGGAUGCACACUUCCCGACAAGGGCACCCCUCCUUUGUUCGAGUGUCGAAGCCAGCCCCAUCUUGGAAUGAGGCCUUCCUCCAAACAGCGGCCAAGCUUUUUUGGGACAUUAUCUAAGGAGAGAGCAGUGCUGGACAACAGACUGGACACGAUGCCUCAGACACCACCAUUCACAGGGCAGCUGAACACUGGCAGCUAUAACAAGAACCUGUACCAGACCAAGGAGGAAGGCUACCCCGGCCUUUAUUAUAAUGAUAACAACCUGGUGUCCGGGUCUCUGGAGGCCCUCAUUCACCACUUGGUCCCAACUGUGGACUAUUAUCCAGAUAGGACAUACAUCUUCACCUUCCUGCUCAGUUCUCGCCUCUUCAUCCAUCCUUAUGAACUGAUGUCCAAAGUGUGUCACCUGUGCACGGAGCAGCAGCGGCUUGGCGAUCCCCAAGCUGAUAAGAUGAGAGUCAGGAAGAUUGCUCCCAAAAUCCUCCAGCUGCUGACAGAGUGGACAGAAACCUUCCCAUAUGACUUUAGGGAUGAGAGGAUGAUGCGGAGCCUGAAAGAGCUGACCCACCGGCUUGCCAGCGGAGACGAGAUUUACAGGAAGGCAGUCAGCCAGAUGAGCCAGGGCCUCAUCAGGAGGUUGACGGUGCUCAGCCAGUACGAGGAGGCGCUGGGCAAAAUCAACGCCACUGCGGCUGAGAGGCUCACGGUUCUAAAAGCGAAGCCUCAGGCAGCUAUGCAGAGAGACCUGCUGUCUAUCUGCAAUGACCCCUUUACCGUCGCCCAGCAGCUCACACACAUAGAGCUGGAAAGACUGAGUUACAUCGGACCUGAAGAAUUCGUCCAGGCUUUCGUCCAGAAAGACCCUCUGGAUAAUGAUAAGAAUUGCUUCAGUGAUCACAAAAAGGCCAGCAACCUGGAGGCUUAUGUCGACUGGUUCAACAGACUCAGUUAUCUGGUGGCUACAGAGAUCUGCAUGCCGGGGAAAAAGAAGCACCGAGCCCGAGUCAUCGAGUUCUUCAUCGACGUGGCACGGGAAUGCUUCAACAUCGGCAACUUUAACUCUCUCAUGGCCAUCAUAUCUGGGAUGAACAUGAGUCCGGUGUCACGGCUGAAGAAGACCUGGAGCAAAGUCAAAACAGCCAAGUUUGAUAUUCUAGAGCACCAGAUGGAUCCUUCCAGCAAUUUCUAUAACUACAGAACAGCACUGAGAGGAGCCACGCAGAGAUCAAUCACCGCCAACAGCAGCAGAGAGAAGAUUGUCAUCCCUUUCUUCAGCCUGCUCAUAAAAGACAUCUACUUCCUCAACGAGGGAUGUGCCAACAGGCUGCAGAACGGCCACAUCAACUUUGAGAAAUUCUGGGAGCUCGCCAAACAAGUGAGUGAGUUCAUGACCUGGAAGAAAGUGGAGUGUCCGUUUGAGAAGGAUCGCAAGAUCCUUCAGUACCUGCUGACCGCUCCGGUAUUCACCGAAGACGCUUUGUAUCUGGCAUCAUAUGAGAGCGAAGGUCCUGAGAACAACAUGGAGAAGGACAGAUGGAAGUCUCUGAGAUCCACUCUGCUAAGCAGGGUCUAAACCUCUGAAGAAACCAGAAUAACGUCGAACCCAACAAGUGAGCCCGCGUGCCCCGUCAGCAUCGCUGUUGUCCAAGCAAAGUAUCCCCGUGUUGGAAGGGAAACGACAAUCUCUGCUUCAGCUGGCGAGGACAUUUGGUGUCCCGCCCCAGCUCUGCUUUUCCUUACCCUCUUGCUCUUUGUGCUGUACAUUUCAGGACAGCUGUUUUUCAUCUCUUUGUAUGACUUUAUAGUCUUUGUUUUAUAAAGAAACAAUACAAACCCUCACAGUUUUAAAAAAAAAAAAAAAAAAAAAGGGGGUGCUUUUUCUUGUUGGAAGCGUAGCGCCCUGAUGAACCUGUGAGUGUUAACAAAGUUGGGGCUGUUGUUUCCCCACCUCUUUUAUUUUUCUCCCCACUAAAGCUACAAAGUUAGCUGCUGGUUGGCUAACGCAACAGAAACGCUACUCUGGGUUCCACAAGCCAGCGUUCUCCGUACAGAGAACCCAAACCUUAACCUAUAACACUGUUUACCAUUAAGCUAGCCAUUAUUUUACUGUAUCAGAUCCAAGUAUCUUUCACUUCAUGUUUCUGAAGCUUUUGUUGUGACGUAAGGAAAACAAGAAGGCACUGGCUGCGUUUGAGAAAAGAUGUAAAAGUCGUUUUUCUUGUUUGUGUUGUGUAAAAUUGAGAUUUUCUGAAGCAGGAAGUAACAUUUCAUUUGUCAUUUGUCUUGACAUGAUUAAGGUUCCAGUAUGCUUCAAAGGAACUGCAGCAUCAGUAAGCUUCAGGAGUUUUGGAUGCUUUGAAAUUUGCCUUUGAAGCGUACAGAGGCCUUUAGCAGUGAGCUAAAAUGGGGUGGGGGGGUUCAUGUCUGUUUCUUAUUGUUCCCAGUUAUCUGUGCUGAAAUGCUCCUCUAGACUCUCAUUCAUACUUUCCUUUUGUUCCUGCGCCACCUUGCUCUCGUAGAAAAAAAAUGUGUCGGUGCUGCCCCCUGGUGGUCCAGUCAGAAAACAGCUGAAUAAUGUGAACUGAGGCUUUCUGGUUAAAUUAUGUCCAUUUUGUUUUUAUUUUUCAUAAUAAAGUACAUUUCCUCUAUGUUUUAUUUAUACAUUUGUGUUAUCUCCUCAUGCCAAUAUUUACGCUUAUUUUAUUGUUAUUUAAUUUUGUACUAGGUACAUAACGUGCAUAAGUAGUCCUGACUUUAAUAUUUUUAUAUAAGUUUGUAUUAGACACUUAUUUUACAAGGUACUAGCUCAGCGUAUGAAGUUGAAUAUUUUUGACUGAUGUCCGCUUUGCCUUGACUGCUUCUCCCUCAACACACAGUGCUGUUGUAGUUUAUUGUGUACAUACUGUAUGUUCCUUUUUCUCUCCCCGUGCUCAUCGUUUGUAUUUGGACUGUUACAAUGGAAUAGAGGAUUGUUUAUGAAUGAAUUAGUUGUGUUUAAAAAGAGAAAAGUUAAUAAAAGGCUUAAAUUUA